CGUUUGCUGCCAGAGACAACCAUGCUCGGCGGCUACCUCCUUCUUCUCGCGCUCGUGCUGUUGCCGCUGGCCGCGGCCCAGCCGACGACGCAGUGGCAGUCCACGACGUGCGCCAGCGGCGCCUACGCGGCCAACAGCACCUACCAGACGAACCUGGGCCUGCUGGCCGCGGCGCUACCGGCCAACGCCUCGGCCUCGCCGGCCGGCUUCGCCACGGCCACCGUGGGCGUGGUGCCGGACCUCAUCUCCGCGCUCGCGCUCUGCCGUGGCGACACCAACGCCUCGUCCUUCCGCGCCUGCGUCGCGGCGGGCUUCCCCGGGGCGCAGCGCGGCUGCCCCAACAGGAAGGACGUCGCCAUCUACCAGGACGACUGCGUCCUCCGCUUCUCCGACCAGCGGUUCCUGGACUUGGUCGGCGUGGAAUCCCCCGCCGGCACCUACUCCUGGGACGAGGAGAAGCUCACAGCCCCCGCGGCCUGGUUCAACGCCGCCGCCCUCGCGCUCCUCAACGCGACGGUCGACCAGGCCGUGGCCGCGCGCGGCGACCCCGCCAAGAAGCACUUCGCCACGGGCGAGGAGAGCUUCGACGCGACCUACUACCCAAAGAUUUACGGGCUGGCGCAGUGCGCGCCGGAAAUGACGGCCGCGCAGUGCCGGAGCUGCCUCUGCGGCUUCGUCGGAGCCGCGCCGUGGUUCUUGUUCCGGAACGGGAGGUCUGGCGGCCGAGCUCUUGGGGUAUGGUGCAACCUGAGGUACAGUGUGAGCCCGUUCUACAGGGGCGGCGCCAUGGUGAAGCUUUCGGCGCCACCGGCGCCAGCACCCGCAGCCGUGCCUUCCAUUGCUACCGCAGAGACGCCAACAGGGAGGAAUGGGAGAGUGGCAGGGAUCUCUACAGGCGUGGCUUGUUUCGCUGCCUUGAUGUUGAUUCUUGCAGUCUUUGCUUUCAUUCGCUUCAAGAGAAGAAAGGCUAAGAAGCAUGACGACUCAUUUAACAGGAUGGCGAGAGGGAAGUGCACAAUCUACGAUUUUCCGACGCUGCAAGAGGCAACCGGCAACUUCUCAGAGAAGCAUAAGCUUGGAGAAGGCGGUUUCGGGACCGUAUACAAGGGAAACCUCCAAGACGGGCAAGAAAUAGCAGUGAAGAAACUUAUAGAUGGUACUGCUGCUACUGGACAUGGACUGGAUCAGAUACGCAAUGAGGUGCUGGUAUUGACACAGCUCCAGCACAAGAACCUUGUUAGAUUGCUCGGGUUCUGCCUGCAUCAGAAGGAGAUGCUACUUGUUUACGAAUACAUCAGGAACGGGAGCCUCGACAAGUUCCUUUUUGCAGAUGCUAGUCGAAGAAAUACACUAAACUGGGAUGAAGAGUACAACAUCGUUCUUGGAAUUGCCAAGGGCAUAAUGUAUCUUCACGAGGACUCGAGCGUAAGGAUCAUCCACCGAGACCUGAAAGCCAACAACAUUCUGCUUGACGAUGCCAUGGAUCCCAAGAUUGCGGACUUCGGGUUAGCUAGGUUGCAAGUCGGAGGCCAUACUCAAACCAUGACAGCUAGAGUUGUUGGAACAUACGGGUAUAUGGCGCCAGAGUACGCAAUACACGGAAACGUGUCGCCAAAGAUCGACAUUUUCAGCUUUGGUGUCUUGGUGCUUGAAAUUGUAACCAAGAGGAGCAACUGCGGUUCAAAUGAUUGCGAGACGGACACGGUGAAUCUCCUAAGUGAUGUAUGGACUUGUUGGACCAAAGGGAUGAUAUCGCAGAUGAUUGAUGAAUCACUGGAAGGACAUCCCCGAAUCCAGGCGCUAAGAUGUAUCCACAUUGGGUUGCUGUGCGUCCAAGCAGACCCUGACGACAGGCCUGACAUCCCAUCCGUCAUUUUCAUGCUGAACAGGGAAGAUAUGAAGCUUCAGCCACCAGCACAGCCUGCAUUCUUCUGGAUUUUUUCACUCUUUUAAUUCAGGAGACGAAAGUAAUGUAUAAAAUAAACUCGAUCUGAAACUAUUUCAUAAUCUGACCCUU